GAUUCCAAAAACGAAAUUACACCAGAAAGGAAAGAAAAAAGCAUGCUACCCACGUUUAUAUAUAUAUAUCUCUUUUAAGGUAAGAGAAGAUAUAUGGUAGAGACUCCACAGAUACAUCAACUUAACUUUGGUUUUCUUUUUUGGUGUUGUUAUCUGCAAUUAUGUCUCGCCUUCUCCCCAAGCUCUCUCCCCUUAUUCACAAGAGGAACGUUCGUUCGUUUUCAUCUUCCACGAUCGGUCCGUAUUUGUCGCUUACUGUCAGUGCAGGACCCCCAAAGGAAGGUGUCAGCAUCGGAGAAGUGGUUUUGUACGUCCCAGCUAAACAAGAGUUACUCAACCUUGCGGACAAAGCAAUUCCAGAAGAAAUCAUUUCAGCCAAAUGGAUCGGAGCUUCCAAGGGAUGGUCAGUUCACUCUGACACACAAGACCGUUGUGUACUCCUCACCGACUUUUUGAACCCAUGGAAUUGCAAACCAAUCCCCAAACUCUUGACUCUGCCUCCGCUUUUGGGUGACCAGAUCAGUUUCUGUAGGCCCCGUCGUGACUUGCGUUGGACUAAGUUCCAGACCCCUUAUGACUACUUUCCAACCUCGAAUCUGACGUAUUCCAAGAGAGAUCAAAAGUUCUACUUGCCUGGUCCUGGAGGCCAUCACUUGUUAUCCUACGAUCUCCACUUCGACAAAGCCGGCCAGCCUGAGUUCCAUGAGUUGCAGUUCCGAAACUUUCCAGAGUCGUUCAAGUAUGACUCGGAGCAGUCGGAGAUGUUUCCUUCUUCUUGUAGGACAGAACGCUUUGUGGAGUCACCCUCCGGAGAUGAACGUUUCCUCGUCAAAUGGUACGCCAAGGGUUGUUUGGCUUAUUCGAGUAAAAUAACAUAUGAAACGCAGCGGUUCAUGGUGUUUAGAGAGGAGGAGACUACAGAAGGAAGAUUCAUGUGUUACACUGAUGACAUUGGAGAUCUCUGCAUCUUUGUUUCAAAGAGCGAGGCUUUUUGCGUCCCCGCAAGCUCUGUUACUGGCCUUAAGCCAAACUCCAUCUAUUUUGUUGGCUUUGGCGUAGGUAUCUACGAUCUUACCACCAGAGAUGUCUCUACUUUUCGAGCUCCCAGAGGUGCACUAAAUCAUAUUGUGGACCCUUACUGGUUUCCUCCAUCUUCUAGCUAGUUCUAGGAUUGGAUGGCUUUGUUUGCUUCGAUUUUACUAUCUCUCGACUUGCUAAGAUCUAAAUUUCGGUCAUCUAUGUUCCCUUUCGACUGUAUUAAUUAGUUUGUUAUGAUCAAUGGAAUA